AAUCCAUUUUCGCGUGUUGACGUAACGAACCCAACGACCCAAAAUCGAAAAAACCAUCGUCGAACCAUUUCCAACCACCCCUUGGUCCAAGUCCCAAGUGUCUCACGGCUGUCUUUGCAAAAAGUCGCGUGUUGUUUUGGGGGCCGCCAUUAGAAAGUAGUGCGUGCGGACUUGUAGCCAUUUUGUGUAGACUGCUGUACUUUUAAGUGUGUUCGCUUAUUAUCGGGAAAAUGUCCGGGAAACAGGAUAAGAAAAUCCCCUCAGUUCCAGAUGAAGGCGCUGUGAGCGAAGAGGAAAAGUGCGCCCUUGACAGCGGCUUCAUUUCCGGUGAGCUCCGCUCCGAGGAGAAAAUCACAGAGGAGUUGCCCCAAAUUGAACAACCACAAGAGAACUACAUGCGUCUGGACAGUGGCGUCGACUUGUCAGAGAGUUUUUCCGGACUCCAUAUCAAAAAUCCGGACUGGAACGAUCUCUCCUGUGCUAAGAGUAAAGUGCAGGAACCACCUGUUGAAACACCAACGACUGCCAAAGACGACCUCUGGAAACAGUAUUUCCAACAGGAUGAGGAUGGCGAUACGUUCCUCCACUUGGCGAUUGCCGAAGGAUUCGUCGAGGUAGUCCUUGCUUUAAUCAGGAAAGCUCCCCACCCUUUGUUCCUUGACACCCCCAAUGAUAACGCCCAAACACCAAUCCACCUCGCCGCUGCCAAACAGAACUGGCUAAUAGUUCGGUGGUUGGUGGUGGCAGGUGCUAAACCCUGUCCCAGAAACAUCCGAGGUGAUUCACCCUUACAUAUAGCAGCACGAAAUGGUGAUUUACGAACAUGCAGAGCCAUCACCGAUCCAGUACAAGAACAAGAAAGGAUAUCACUUGGUUUAACUUACCCCAAACAGCCCUAUCAGGAGAUCAAUCUCGACCAAUGGAACUACGAAGGUCAGACGUGCGUGCAUGUGGCUGCCAUCGAAGGCCACAUCGACGUUCUGCGCCACCUGGUGUGGUACGGCGCCGACAUCAACGCCCGAGAAGGUCGCCAGGGUUACACCGCCCUCCACUACUCCAUAGUGCGGGGCGAUGAACGUCUGGCGCACUUUUUACUCUCCGAAUGCACGAAAUUGAACGCCGACGCCGUCACCUACGGUGGAAACAGCGCCCUCCAGCUCGGCUUCCCGGUGCCGGCGACCAUCGCCGAAGCGCUCCGGUCACGGGGAGCGUCUUCGCCCUUCUCCACCGCCUCAGAGGACGAGUACAGCGACAGCGAAACCGAAAGUAACGCUUACGAGAAUGCGAUUUUCGUACGAAAUUUAGUCGACGCCAGCGCUUAGAACACAGCGAUUGAAACGACGAGGAAGAGGAGAACUAAUCGAGCCUUCGGAGCGCGCGAAGCGAAGGAGGAAUCAGUUGCCAAAUAUUAGAUACUAAAACUGUGAUCGAUUUCGGCGGUCAAACAACAAGUAACGAAGGAAUCGCAUCGGUUUAUUUUUUUAAUUUAUGAUGUUUUCUUGUAUAUAAUGGUGCGAUUUCUUGCAAUGGUCGAGACGAAGUAUUGUGUUCUUGUGUAAAUUAUUUUUUUUUUCAAAUUUAAUCCUGUUGUAUUUAUUUUUCUUUUUUUGUUGUUGGAUUAUUUCUGUACAUAGGCCACUCUAGCGUUAUCUCGAUUAUUUUUAGUUUAAUUUUAGUCCCUAAAACCGACAAAUAAAAUUAAUAGAAAACU